UUCGUUUCGCCUUUUUCCCGCCUCGUCUAUCCAGACCCAAAAGUCUACCAAACCUCAUUCAUUUUUCCUUCUCUUUUUACUCCCCCCGCCACGCCUUCUUACCCUCUCUUCUCCAUAUUCAAUCCCAACUCCUCUUUUUUCUUUCCCUCUCCUUUCCUUUCUUACCGCAACCAUUCCUCUCCUACCGCUUUUAGACCCCUCCCGUCAUUCCUUUCCCUGCACACUUACUGCGUCGCCUCCCCUCUCUCUCUUCCUCCCUUUCUUUACCCGUGUAUCUGAUACUGUCUCGUCUUUACUCCCCGCCUGGUCCAAGUCCUUGGCUACCAUCUGCCAAGCUGACUCGGACCUGGGUGUUAGGCUCCCUUUUCCAUGCCACGUUCAUCGGCUACGGCUAGGAAGAGUCAUAGCAAUCGGCAUGAGAAUGGCGCCGCCGGCUCCGGCAAGAAAGUGAACAAGCAAAAAUCGAAUGGACAACUGAAUGGGAAUGCCAACGGUAGCUCCGCACCAAGUUCGGGACCCUCCUCUCAAGUCGACUGGCCCUCGUCUCGCUCCAAUAGCGAUACGGCAAUUACUUCCACGGUAGCGACGGCAACAAAGGCCAACGGUACGACGGAGUGCUCGAAGGCGGAUGGCAACGGACGUGGUUAUCUGAAUGGAUACGCCAAGGGCAACCCGGACAUGUCUUACGGACAGGCGAAUGGGGCGGUUCCGCAGAAUGGUGGCCUUACCGGCCAGGCGUCGCGUCGUACGGAGAGUUCCAAGAGGUCAGGCUCGAACACCUCGAUUAACCCCCUCCAACUGGCAUCGACUAUCCUCAAAUCCUGUCCGAUGUACGACACUAUCGCCAUUCUGAUUUUCCUCCUUCAGUUGCCACCAAUGGUCCUUACGCUGGUGCAGUUCUUGUUCGCUUCCCUGACCUUCAUGCCUCCGGGCGGUGCGUCUGCCGGCUCUUUGACUUCCAAUUUCGAUAUUUUUCAAGGUCCGGCCGGAACACCAUCUCUCGGUACGAUGAUUGCAAUGGAUGGAUUCUUCCUACUCUUCUGGGGUCUUUUCAUGUGGACGUGGGCGCAAAAUUUCGCCCUCGACUUAGCCCAUGUUCAGGUCGCCAUAACCCUAGGCGGAGGAGGGUCGGGGAAAAAUGGGGGGGUAAAUACCCUCUGUGUUGGUAUUGUGCUUGUUUUGCAUCUUAUUCGAAGUAAAGGUAUACAGGAUUUUGUUAUAGGUCAUCUUCUCUCCGCGAAAGUUAUCAGUCCCGAUUUGCUGUCGCAAUACUCUCAUCUUAUGCCUUCCGAGUUCCGGCGCGCUGAACCGCAAUCUUCUCCGAGCUGGAUCCGGAGUUUACUUGCGGUUCACAUCCUAGCGCAAGCAGGAACCGCAAUGGCUAGGCGUUCGAUGGCUAAAAAUAGGGCACCGGCUCCUCCUCGAACUGGAAAACGUGUUGAUACCGAGGCGUCUGCUGGCUCGCAGACCCAAAUCGAUUCUGCGUUCGAGUCUGGGACCAGUGUAUCUUCUUAUAUCGGUGCCGACGGACAGCUUAUUACGCCAGCAACGCACAAGGAUGGUAGGGAUCGAUUGAUUUCGGCGAAGAAACGCAGGAGACAGGCAAACCAGGUUCGAAAUCGCCAACCGUUUUGGGCUGCGCUUGCAAGCACGAAAGUGACGGUUAUGCGGGAAUACGAACAUUCUAGGGCCUUAUCGAAAACUGCGCGGGGCCUCACUAUGACCGAGGAGGAUCUUCAGGGUGUUUCUUUGGAUGAUGGCCUUGUUUGGAUUACCGAUGUUGAUAGCUCCUCUAUAAAGUUUGCGGCGGGCGAUCUCGUCUCAGAUGAUGCUGGGGUUUCCGGUUCUUGCGAAUCUGGACGGUUGGGCGAAGACACGGAACCUUUCUAUGUUUGCGUCAACGGCGCACUUUGGGCGACAGUCACGAUUUGCAAAGUUCAGGAUGCAGCCAAAGGUUCAAGUGUAGUACAUUGGCGUGGUGAGAUAUCUGGCCUCGCACCCAAUUGUGCCUACACUUGCUCUUUUCUGCGAAGUGACACGGAGGAAGAGAUCUGCGUCAUGAGUGUGAAGACACCGAUCGCAAAUGACGCAGAACAAGUAGUUUCCUCGGUCUCUACUCCGCCGCAGCCAUCCUAUCGACCAUCGUCCCCAACGACCACACUGAAAAAUUCCAUCGUCAACGCUGAACUGAAACUCAAUGAGAAGCGCACACGGUUGAGAAAGGCCAAGAACGACCAUAAACUUGUCGUUUCGAAGAUCAGGAAAGAGUUGGACAAUUAUAACCAUCGUCUCCAUAGUGGCACGGAUGAAAAUCGGCAGAAGCAGCGCUCUUUGCAAUUGGAACGGAACAUCAAGCAAACGGAAGAAGCUACCGCUGUUUUGGAGGUUCAGUUGGAUAAUUUGGAGAACAUCCCAGAGGAGGAACUUGAAGAAUGGUCGGCAGAAAAAGCAAAAUACGAACAUGAACUUGAGCUCUUUAAUUCAGCCAAGGAAGAUGUGGCUACUGCUCGAUCGGCUGCUGCUCGUGAAGUGUCACAGCUGGAGUCUGAUUUGACCUCUACUGUUCAGAGACGGGAACGUCUUCAGGGUCGCCGUACUAGGGUCAAUGAGCAGUAUGAGCGUAUCGUCUCUGCUAACGCACAGGGACUCAACGAGAGAGAGCGUCGCGCUGCGGAACAGUUUGCUAGAGAGCAAGACCAGGCCAAACUCGAAGCGAAUUUCAAUGAACAGUUUGCGAGCAUUAGCCAGUCGGUGCAGGAGUAUCAGCUGCGCACCAACCAACUUUGGCAACAGUGUGUGGCUAUCGAGCAAGCUCUCCAGCAGCAGCAGCAACAACAACAACAGAUCCUCUUGGACUCGGCCCCGCUCACUCCCGAAGGCAAUUUACCUGGUACCAACCCCCUCAGCGAGGCUCCCACCCUGUCCCUAGGCGCUUUGACGACGAGUGCGUCCAGCAACCGAUCAUUGCUUGGGCUUAGCUUCCCGCCUUUGAAGUCCAGCCCUCUGCAGCAUGCUUCGUCCCCCAUUGGUCCCACGUCAUCCCACCCGACUAGUCCAACGCAGGCGCCGUCGUACUUGCAGCACUUCCCGGCCUCGCCUCUCAUCAACACCGCUUCCCCCUUCGAAUCGGACUUUAUUCACCGUGACAGGUCUUUCUCCAACCGAUCGGGCCACAGCAGUCUAUAUGGUUCUGAUUUCUUUGAUUCGAGCCGUCGCCCUCCCUUCCAGUUUGAUCUGUCUGAGAAAGUUAUCGAUAAGAGAAGGAGUUCCGGUUCCGAAAGCAAUGCUCCCAACUUGGGUUUGAGACCGAUCUCUAGUCCAUUCCCGAGGGCAGGUAGCCGUGCAAGUGGAAGCGGAAGUGGUGGAAGUGGUAGCGGCAGUGGUAGUCCCAGCUCUGCAACUGGAAAAGGCAAUUAGGCUGUUAAGCAUCCCCAGUGUAGUCGAUAUGCUGCUCGUUACGCCAAGUUCCUUGUGGUCCCCUUUCUGCUUGUGUUGAUCGUCCGACAUGGCGCUGAAGUCGUCUUGGUUUUCCCAGGCCAUACUAUAUGUAUCUAGCCCUGUGGCUUCAUCCUGGUUUUACUUCGCCUGUGAUCAAUAAAAUCGUGUAUCCAGUGUAGCCUUCU